AUGUCUCACAGAGUCUUUGACAACUCCGAGAACCGGAAUGUGAUUAGGUCACGAAAUAAGCAGGAAAACAACAACACCGCAAACACCCAAGUCUACAAACGAGUGCCGUUGGGUGGUAAGAACCAAAACAUCACCAAUGUCGCAUUCAACCGCUCGAAAUCAACACUUGGAUCAAACAUAUUCAAUCCGCCCCAGUUGAGUAAAUCAAACUCAACGUUGGGAAUACCAUCUGCUGCUUCAUCUUCCUCGUCGGUGUUGGUCCAUCAAGAUGAUUCGCAAGCGAAGCAAUCGCUGCUACUGCCCAAUCGAGUUUCCAAAAGAGUAAACCUAGAGCCAGUAUCAGACAAUACAGCUCUUGUCAAGCGGUCGAGGUUGGACGAUGAGCCAUGGACAGACUCUUUGAUUAAACCUCAGUUGCCACAGAAGGGUCCUGCCGGCAGAAUCGGGUCGACUUUGAGGACAGACGCGCUUCAUGCGCGAAAUCUUGCCCGUCCCGCUGCCAACAACAUGGACCCGGUGAAACAGUGCCAGCGCGUUAAUGACAUCGACAGAUUGGUUGAACUACAUUGGAACGACGAGAUCGAAUCCGUCCCAGAGAGAGCACCUAGUGCAGUUCCCAGACUAUUUGACGAAGCAGAGUUGCAAUGCUUCUCAACUCCUAACAACACUGAUAGCGAUGCGGUAGAUGUAGGAGAGAUGACCAUCGAGGUGGAUAUAGAAGAAAACCAGCAAGAAGAAGGGGAACUCGGGUUGAACGAUACCGAUUUGCAAAACUUGUUAGAUUAA